UUAUUUUUUUGUCAACAACAAAAGAUUGCGUUGGCAAAAACAGUGACCAGAAAAUGGCUAGCGCUUUCCUGUUGACUGCUGCUCCAUUUCUGCCUUCCCAAGAGAAUGAAGUGAGUGGUCUUUUGGGACAGUUGAGGAGCUCAUUCCAUGGCAAAGUACGAUAUAAACAAAGUUUUCUAAGAAGAGAAUUCAAUAGUCCUCGUGGAGGCAGAAUUGUUGUUGCGUCAGUGCUUGGAAGGAAGGUCCAGAAGAAAGAAACUGUGAUUCCUGACCCAGAUUAUCGCAUACCAAUUGUCCUACUUGGUCUAGCUGGUGGAUUGGCUUAUUCAAAUAACCUAUUACCAGCUGCACCUUUUGGUCUACUUGGAUUGCUCCUAUUGUUCCAGACAACCAGAGUGAGAUUUGUGUUUGAUGGGGAUGCAUUGGAGGUGAAAGUAGGAGACCAGCUUGAUGAUUCAGGUGAAAAUGUCUUUGUGGGUGGAAAAAACCGUUGGAAAUACUCAACAUUUGUGAAUUGGGAACUUUGGUGGCCAAGUUUCCCCGUUCUGGUGUAUUUUAAGGAAACACAAACAAAGCCUGAAGGACAAGUUCACUUCUUCCCAGUAAUUUUUAAUGGAAAGCAACUCUACGAUGUUAUGGUAGAAAGAGCUGGUCCUUCAAAAACUAGUGGUCCAAAAUAAUCCUGAAGACUUGGACUUUCACGAUGACAUAUUCUCAAUAUCAAACUUUAAAAGCAUAAGGUGAAGACUUGUUGCCUAUCAUUUUAUUUGAAGCUUCAUGAAGUACAUAUUUUACUCUAGACUGCACCCUAUCGUCAUCAGACCAAUCAUCUCUGGUUCAAAAUUUGUACUGUCCUGCAAUGGUAGACAUUCAACUAUGCAAGAUGUAAGACUCAACUGUCCUGCAAUUGCAGACAUUCAACCAUGCAAGAUGUAAGACUCAAGGGUUAACACUUUAUAUGUUGUAGCUUUAGGUUUUUUUCAGUGGUCUAUAUUUGGCCAAUUGUAAUACAUUAUUCUGAUCAGUCUGAAACAGUUUUGCCGGGAGGCCGAGAGCCAACUUGGUUUGAAUCUAAAAACUUAAGGAAAGUCAGAAACAAGUAAAACAGUCCUUUGCUAGCUCAAA